GAUUGUCCGCGUGAUCUCCAUUGGUGUUUCCAUAGUGACAAGAGAAAACACUUCUUCUGUUAUAAGUGCAUCUCUUCUACCCUUGAAAAUAUCAACGGCAUUCUAUAUUAUCUAACGACUUUUCAGCAAUUUUACUUCAGUUUUUAACAGCAAACGUUUAUCAACGUCAAAGAAGAUAGGUCUUAUUGACGGAUAAUACCAUUCGCGCUACAGAUACCGUCGAUUUGCUCAAAAUGAAUGCACUCAAGAUCCGAGACGUUCUAGCAAGACUCAUAUGUUAUCUACUAUUGAAGUUACUGAAACUUUUACACUGUGACUAUCUCAUAAAGGAUGAUAUCCACGUAUUCGAGCUCGUGCGGAUCCUGCUAUGCUAUAUAUACUUCCGGUAUGGCAGACAAUCAGUAUUCCCCACUUACAAUUUCUGCUCGCCUGAUCCCGUUCGCCGAGGAUAUGUUAUGCGGGCAGAGGAACAAAAGCUCGAAUAUCCCGUUUCCCACAAGGAUUUUGAAAAUGAGGGUCCCCAAGAGCUGCUCUUAACUGGCACACAAACCUCAGGAGAGCUUUUGGUAAUUCGUAUGAUCCGCGCAGAACAGCGACAAGCAGAGAUACAAAUUGUUCUAAGGGACUCCAAAGGUCGCGUAUUCGUUUCGCCACAUGGAGCCGCUCCGCAUAGCAGCGAAAGUAGCAAAACUAGCAUCAAUGCUUAUCAAGCUUUGCGUCUCGAUAUCAGCCAGGGCAACAAAUAUCAGGCUGGCGGAUUGCGUCUGAUGUGUAUGGAGCCAAUGCGAAAAUGGAGAAUAGCUUACAACGGGAUGAUGAUCCAAGCGGAAACGGGAUGUGCUGUUUACGUUAGCUUCGUGCUCCUCUGGUUUAACUUCACUCAUGUAAUGGACUGGACGAGCAUGGUGUCAAUAAACCGUUUGAUGAAGUUUUGCCUUCAGAAUGGAGGCCCAGAUGAUCGCUUGUCUGAUGCCAUCGCAUCUAUUGAACUCUGUCGAAAGCACCUAAAAGGAUAUGAGCAAAGCGGCUAUUAUGUGGGAACGAUUAAGAUAAAUGAAAAUAGCAGUUUUCACGGUGGAUCCGCGGCGACCACAGGUCAGUUCGAAGCGGGCGGCGAAAACGCGUCCUUCUGGGAAGAAAAGCUUCAUCUGCGAGGCAAUUUCAUUCGAAUACGUCACCCGCAAGGAUUAGGAGUGGAUCGAUCUGGUCUGAAGGAAAUUUCACACCAGAUAGCUGUCAGUGCCAGAGGACACAUUGUGCAAAUCAGCACUCUAAACUUCUCUCACACCAGCCGUAAUCUGGCGUUUGGAAGUUUUGUAGGAACCUCUGGAUUCAAAGACUCGCUUGAACAUGUGCUGAAUCAGCAGAAUGCGGAGGCCAAACUCGAGGACGUUCUCACAUCACCAGUUCUUCAACUUCAAACGUUCGAGUUAUCACACGAGUUUCUGCGUUCUGAAGGUGCAUCCCUACAGUCUUUUAAGUCUGUUUUGGGAUGGAAUAACAAUCUGGAUGUGUCGGCUUUCGAUGCCAUGAUUGACGGCAUUAACGCUGUCGGCAUAACGAUCCGAAGCAUCACAACUGGAGUUAGCAGCGUCAACCUUUCACAACCGCCACUCAAUAUACUCGAUUUCGGCGAACGGAUUCUCUGCUCAACAGCAUGUCCCCCUCAUGUAGCUUCUGACCCUGAUUCCAACACAUCCGAAACGCCAUCGGCCGAAGUCCCGUACGUAGUGUCGCUCUUCGAUUCAAAAUGCAAAAACCGCGAUCUUACCGGAGGAAAGGGGUCGUCUUUGGCGGUUUUAUCCGAACUUUCACAUUUAACAAGCAAUGAAGCCAAAUUUGUUGUACCCAAUGGUGUGGUCGUCACCACCGAGGCUUUCCGCAGGUUUUUAUUGUCCCCAAAGGUGUCAGCUCUUGAGAAAGACCUUCAUAAGGUGUUAUCAACCUCAACGGUGGAGGAAGUCAAGCUGAUCACCGAUCAAUGCAAACAACGGGUGCAAAACGAGCCUGUACCUUCUUGCAUCUCAAAACAAAUCAUCGAUCGCCUUAAAGAAAUUUUCCCUGAUCUCCCAUCAAAGCGCUUUGCCAUACGCAGUUCGUGCGCUGGAGAAGAUUCCGAGGAUAUGUCAGCAGCGGGGCAAAUGGAUACGUUCCUUGGCGUGAGAGGCGAAAAAGAGAUUAUCGCUGCUAUAGUGAAAUGCUGGUCAUCACAGUUCAGUCACAUUGCUAUAGAGUAUAAACGCCGCUAUGGUCAAGAGCUUUUGAGCGAAAUGGCAGUGGUUGUAAUGGAAAUGGUAGCCGCGGAUAGCGCAGGAGUGAUGCUCACCUGCGAUCCUCUCACCGGCGACCCGUCCACGAUUUACAUCACCUCGAACUUCGGACUUGGAGAGAGUGUUGUAUCGGCUCUGGCUGAUCCGGAUACGGUGCGCGUGCACCGCGACAUUAGCGGAAAGAUCACAGUGAAUCAGGUCGAUAUCGGCAAAAAAAACGUCAAGAUUAUUAUGGAUGAAGUCGGCGGGACUCGCGAAGAAAAGCUUGCGUCCUCAGAAGAAGCCACUGAUGCAUCUAUUAGCGUCCACCAGGCUGUAGAAUUAGCUCGUGUUGGUACUGAGGUCGAGAAGUGUUACGGUGAUUGGCGGGACGUAGAGUGGGCUCUUCAAGGCCAUACAUUAUUCCUGCUUCAGGCACGCCCGAUUACGUUCAUGGACAAGCCAUCCGAUGAAGAGAUUUCACUGGACAUGGAAAUCCCCGCUCGUAACGAGAAUACCAUAAUUUCUACGGCAAACGUUGGUGAAGUAUUAAAUCGAGCUAUUACUCCGUUGGGUAUUGAUCUGGUCUGUAAGCAGUGCGGUAUCUCAAUGAAGCAAUAUAAGGCCAAGUCUAGCCGAAUGCGAAGAGCUCCCUUGAGUCCGUAUUUUGAGUCGAUACUGAAGGUUUCGCAUCAUCACUACUUCAUUGAUUUGAUUGAGUGGAUUCGCGCGUUUGCAACGAACGCCAAAGACAUACAAAUUAUGGAGUCCCUAAUGCUUAAUGUGCGUGGCAGAGUCCCUGACGACCCUUUAUUUUACGAAAAUAUAGAUGACCCAAGUGACCUCCAACCUUAUGUACCCUACUGGGAAAGAACAGCCGACACCAUUCAUAUGAAGUAUAUCGCAAAGCUUAAUUGGCGCUAUAACUACUAUUUAUGCCACAAGAGGGCCCGCUUUCCAAUGGACAACAUGUCCGUUGAGGAACUCCUAGACGGACUUAUUAUAGCCUUAACUACGUCGAUUGACUGCGCAGUUCGACCGCAUGUCAACGCUAGCAAUGGAUCAUUGCUGUGGAGCAAUGAUAUCGUGAACUACAUAAAAUCCAUUAACGAUGAAUCGACCGUAACAGUCUAUGGCUAUCUAUCUAGACUUCUCGGUUCGGCGCACGACGUUGUCAGCUGCGAAGUUCCAAAAGUACUUGAGAAAAUGUCCCAGGUGAUCCAGUCGGAAAUUGGCAGGGACAACUUUCUGAACGCCUCGAACGAAGAGGCUUUGACCUUGCUAAAGAAUGAAAUGAGCUAUCCGCUUUCCAGUAAGGCCUUGAAAAAAUUCCUUGAGGAUCAUGGACAUCGAGGGUACAAUGAGUUUGAUCCGUAUCGAAAACCAUGGGCCUUAAAUGCGGUACCUGUUGUCGCAACCCUGCAAGCAAUGUUAAAGAGUGAGUCGGUAGGCCUAAGGAACAAAAAAAUAGAUAGUGUGUGGGCGUCCAUAAAGAAUAUACCCUGUAAGCUGACUUUUUGGCACAAGCUCCGGUUAAGCGUGCUAGUGUAUUUUGCACGAAAAGGUGUUGGUAUUCGCGAGAAUACCAAAUCCCUCUGGAUAUGGGCUCAGCAUGUGAUACGUCUAUGGUGUUGGGCACUAGGGCGAAAGCUGAAAGCUGAGGGACGCUUGCCAGAUGAGGAACUUUUAUUUUUCUGCACACUAAGCGAAUUACAUAAGGUGAUCAAAACUCGUGAUUCUGCUAUUAUCUCCAGGGCCUAUCAUCGCAAACGCCUAUUCCCCAAACUUGUCAAAUUGCAGUUCCCAGAGUACAUCCGCGGUGACCCAAAACCGAUUGCGCAGGAGGUUCCGACGUUCGACGGCGACGUAGUACAAAUGAAGGGCUUUCCCAUCAGUGUGGGCAGAGUUGAGGCCAGAGCACGCGUGAUCAACAAAAUUGAAGAAGCGCACACCAUUCAGCGUGGCGAAAUAUUGAUCACGUACGCGACAGACAUCGCUUGGAGUCCCUAUUUUCCGCUACUCGGAGGUAUCGUGACCGAGCUCGGCGGACUCAUGUCUCACGCAGCUGUGAUAGCUCGUGAAUACGGCUUACCUUGCGUAGUGGGGCUUUUUAAUGUUACCCAGGUUUUCCGCACGGGAGACCUUGUUCUCUUGGAUGGGGCAAAUGGGCUUCUAGUUCGUAUUGAGGAAGCUAAGGACCAACAGAACUAUGCUGUGCCAGAGCCGAGCACCACAGCUACAAGGUUCCGUUAGAUCAUCGAUAAGCUCUCUUUGGAAACGCGCUGUCUGCGGUCGUCUAAGCGGAUAACUCUUUCAAAAAUGGAUCGUUCGCCUAUUGAAUAUAAAAACUUGCUAAACACGUUUUGACAUGUACCAUAUACAUAUAUUCCACUGAAAAUAGAGUGCAAUACAGGCUACUUCUUCUCAAUGCAAAGGAGCGCCUGAUGUAUCGCAGAAAAAUUAAGUUUCUCCCGACGCUCUCGAUAAACGUAAGGAACAAUUAUGGACUGGUAAACAUGCAUCCACGUAAUCGAAUGACACCGUUCAUUGGUAAACAUCAAAGAGCGGGCUUCUACUCGAAGAUUUACUCAUGCCGUUCUACUGUACCAAAGCCUCUGAGAGCGAUACGUACGGAAAUAGCAAAAGAAAUAUAUUCAUAACAUUAUAAACAUAUUGUA